AUGGCCGCCGUUACAAAGAAAUUCGUCAACGAUCCCGUGGAUGCCGUCGAUGACGCUCUCAACGGCUUGGUCAACGGAUCGGAAUACAUCACUUUCGAUAAGAGCUGUCGCCGCGUAACGUUACGUGCUGACUAUGCUGACUAUUGUGCAAAAGGCAUGGUGACUCUCAUAGCUGGUGGCGGAUCGGGACACGAGCCCUACGCUGCAGGCUAUAUUGGUCCCGGAAUGCUCACAGCCGCUGUAGCUGGUAAUGUCUUCGCUUCUCCGCCCUCUCGUCACGUCAGUGCGGCUCUGAAUUCGACUACUACAAAAGGAGGCUCCAUUCUCUUCAUUAUCAACUAUACCGGUGAUAGGCUGAAUUUUGGCCUAGCUGCGGAGCGAUACAAGGCAGCUGGGCACAACGUACGGGUAGUUACGAUAGCUGAUGAUGUCGCUAUUGACAGCGCCAUGUCGACGGCCGGAAGGAGAGGUCUUGCCGCUGCAGUUCUUGUACUCAAAGUUGCUGGUGCCAUGGCCGAAAGUGGCAAGCAUACGGUAGAACAAAUUGAAUCCAUGGCAAACCGAAUCAAUGACCAUGCUGGCACUAUGGGUAUCUCCCUGUACCCGUGCAGUGUGCCUGGCCAUGGUAAGAUGUUCGAUAUGCCUGAUGAUAUGAUGGAAGUUGGUUUGGGUAUCCACGGUGAACCUGGAUGCCGUCGUGAAAGUGUCAGUAAUGCACAUCAAAGUGUGGAUAUGAUCAUGUCAAGGCUACAGAAGAUAGUUCAAUUCACAAAAGACCAGGAAAUUGUACUGCUUAUCAACAACCUUGGCGGUGUGUCUCAGAUAGAAAUGAGUAUCAUCAAAAGCGAGCUAUUAAAUGGGGCUCCACUGCUUACAAAGAAGAUUUCAGGGGAAAAAGGUAUCAGUAUUGCACGAGUUCUCUGCGGCCCUUAUAUGACUUCAUUGGAUGGACACGGAAUCAGCCUCACUGUGUUGAAAGUAUUUGACAAAGAAAUAUUGAACUACAUUGACGCACCAACAAAAGCACCAGGAUGGAGAGCAGCGGAGAAAAUCGGCAAAGCUGAAACAGCACCCGAUAAAGGCAAGACGAUCUCACUGGAAACCAAAUCGAAAGGAGCGCAAUUCUCAAAAGAACAAACAGAGCUAGCCAAAAAAUGUAUAAGUGCGGUAUGCAACAAAAUGAAAGAAGUUGAAGCUGAAUUGAACGGACUUGACGGUGCAGCUGGUGACGGAGAUUGUGAUUUCCUAAUUGGGAAACUGAGUAUACCCAUCGUGAAACGCGAUGAUAACAAUACGUUCUCAAAAGGGCAGCAUCCCAUUGGAGGAAGCCACAGGCUCAGAUACUGGUGCCAUCAAAAGGUCAAAAAGGUCACGUGGAGCGAAACACUCUGCCAUCAUGAGGCUGAUUGUGAGUUAUGGGCAAAAUGGGGGUCUCGUUCCACUAUCAUAUGUUACAUACAUCAUCCAGAAAUAGCUUUCUCUCCUAUAGGAGGCUCCAUUCUCUUCAUUAUCAACUAUACCGGUGAUAGGCUGAAUUUUGGCCUAGCUGCGGAGCGAUACAAGGCAGCUGGGCACAACGUACGGGUAGUUACGAUAGCUGAUGAUGUCGCUAUUGACAGCGCCAUGUCGACGGCCGGAAGGAGAGGUCUUGCCGCUGCAGUUCUUGUACUCAAAGUUGCUGGUGCCAUGGCCGAAAGUGGCAAGCAUACGGUAGAACAAAUUGAAUCCAUGGCAAACCGAAUCAAUGACCAUGCUGGCACUAUGGGUAUCUCCCUGUACCCGUGCAGUGUGCCUGGCCAUGGUAAGAUGUUCGAUAUGCCUGAUGAUAUGAUGGAAGUUGGUUUGGGUAUCCACGGUGAACCUGGAUGCCGUCGUGAAAGUGUCAGUAAUGCACAUCAAAGUGUGGAUAUGAUCAUGUCAAGGCUACAGAAGAUAGUUCAAUUCACAAAAGACCAGGAAAUUGUACUGCUUAUCAACAACCUUGGCGGUGUGUCUCAGAUAGAAAUGAGUAUCAUCAAAAGCGAACGGGAAAAAGGUAUCAGUAUUGCACGAGUUCUCUGCGGCCCUUAUAUGACUUCAUUGGAUGGACACGGAAUCAGCCUCACUGUGUUGAAAGUAUUUGACAAAGAAAUAUUGAACUACAUUGACGCACCAACAAAAGCACCAGGAUGGAGAGCAGCGGAGAAAAUCGGCAAAGCUGAAACAGCACCCGAUAAAGGCAAGACGAUCUCACUGGAAACCAAAUCGAAAGGAGCGCAAUUCUCAAAAGGUUCUUCACGUUCUGCUGUCCGUUCGAAAACAUGUGCAUUGAAUUGGAUAGGGUUACAGUUGAGAGUGUUUCCGUUCAAAAAAUGCCACUUC